UACCUUUAGCGCAAUGACACACGGUUCUGGUCCUUUAGCUAUCGGUGAGCUUAUCGGUGCCGCAAACUUUAUAGCGUCUGUAGUCGCUGGUUCCAUGGCAGUUAUAAAACCGUUUCGUGUUAAAAAAGCUCCAUUCCUCCGAGACGUGCUUUUUUUUUCUACAGCGAUUGCAUUUACUCUUGCUAUUAUUUGGGAUGGGUACAUUUAUUUGUGGGAAUGCAUAGUUUUAGUAUUACUCUAUGUUAUCUAUGUUACCGUAGUGGUUUUAGGAAACUGGAUGCAAAAAAAAAGACGAUUGUUGGAACAAAAGAAUAGGGAGGAAUUUGCUCAAUCUAUAACAGGAAAUGAAGUCAUUAAAGCGCCUGAAGAGUUUGGUAAAAACGCCUACGGUUAUGAUUCUUACGAUGAGACGGAUCUUUUAUUACCAGAAGGUGAACGCGGCCUUGAAUAUUCGAAUCAAACAAUUCAACCAAUGUCAAUGACACCUUUGUUACCGUAUGAUGAUUUCGAAAGUUAUUCGCAAAAUUUAUUUCUACCCACAAAUGAUAUAGACCAAUCUAGGCAUCACCAGCAUGGUGGUUCUACAAGGCCUAUGACAAUUAAUCCGUGGACCAGUGUUGAAGGAACUUCGGAUUUAGCGCGAAAUAACUCUUCUACACAUCUCGCUCCAAGCACAUUAAGUGUGCCUAGUACGCCAAAGUUCUUGGCGAUUCCACGAAUCCGAAUCCCUCAAAGGAGGUCAUCAUCUCUAUCACCACCACCCCAAAUAUUUUCUUCACCGUUAAAUAUUUCCCCAUUAAAUAUUUCCCCUUCACACGAAGCUUUCCAAAUACCAUCUCCAUCAGCAGAAACUGAUCAACAUCUUUCACCCGAUAUAUCAAUACAUUCGUCACCUAUGCAUUCUCCUAUAGUCACAACGGCAUCAUCUCCAUUGUUAAUGCCAUUACAGACAUCACCACCAAUAACUAUUUGGAAAAAAUUACAAUUUACUCUUUUUCCAUCCCUUACAGGUUUCUUUGAAAAGUCAUUCGUUGCAAAACUCACCGCUUUGAUGGCUCUUCCAACGAUACUUGUACUUAAACUUACACUUCCUGUUGUGGAAGUUGAUGAUAUACCCUUACAAGAAGAACAAAAAAAUAGUCAAUUACGACAUCUUGACACUCCUUCCAUUGUUGUCAAUGAUGAUCAUGAUUUGGCUAUAAUUGAUGAACCUGAGAACAAUGAUGAUGAACCUCCAAAGUUUUAUCCAGCACUAAGCUUUAUGGGAUUUGGUGUCGCAAUUGUUUGGAUUUAUCUCUUAGCUAACGAAGUUGUUGGCUUAUUGCAGGUGAGUUGUACAGUGCGGGAAACCAACAAUUUAUUAAAGGUAUUGCGAAGAUCAGUAUGA